AAUUGGGCCCUCUGGCGGUUUCCAAGCGUAAGUCAAGCUUCGGAACUGCCUUGAUUGUCAAUAUUGCGCAUGAAGUGAAGUGAGGUGGGUGAAUUGCUGGAGGGACCAACCAUGCCCCGCCCCGUGGUACCGCCCACUCUAUACACACUGGCUCUCAGAAAUAAUGCUCAGAUGCUCUAUCAGGGGCUUCGAGCUGUGGAUCAGCUUUGGGAACCGCCCAAAAUGACUCUAAACGCCCCCAGAUCAUCGCCCUCGGGAUCCCCACACAAUUUGAGCACCUCACAGCUGUUUUUAGCUCCCUUAAGCUCUGAAGAGGAGCAAGAGGAACAACAACGCUUGAACAUGGUGCAACUCAUCAGAGAUUGGUUGAUGCAAACGCCCACUUUGGUCAUGGAAGACCUUAUAGCUUCACUUUUGAAACAUACCGAAAAGACUUUGAAUGAUGACCGGGACCAGAAAUUGAUUAAAGCCCUGAUCAACAUUGAAAGGAUGAAGGUGUCGGACAUUUUCUUCGGAGUCCACGCCCUCUUUGCCGUUUUGGUGGACACUCCCAUUUCGAAACUGGAGUUCAGUGCCAAAUUGUGGGUGUGUUUAUGGGACUAUGAGCAGAUCAUGCAAAGCUCGUACAUCCAUGACCGAGUGUGUGAAAGUCUGCCCAGGAUGAGGAAUCUAGUCCAAAUCAAUCUACCUCAGGUGGCCACAGACAAGCUUUGUUUCCUGAUCUCUGAGCAUCUCCCACUGAUCCGUGAGCUCAAUCUGGAUCAUUCUCGCGUGACCGAUAAGGGAAUCAAGUUCCUUUGUGGGAUCAAGACUUUGAUGGGCAAAUCAAGUCCCUCAGAAGGCCAAUCACAGUCAUCAGAUGUCGACCAGGCCCUACAAGAACAAGCAGCCCUCUCAGUCUGGCAUGCUACCACCACUGAGAGUACUAUGGUGGCCCGAUCGAUCUCGUUUGAGUCACCCUGUACCACUUCCAGCCCAAUCGGCAGUCCUGGCGGCAGCGCUGGGCGGGAGAAAUAUUGCUCCCAAAUCCAAAAACUGUCCCUGGAUGGAUGCUUAAACUUGUCAGAGAGCGUCAUUUGGCUGGCUUUGAAGAAGCUGAACACAUUGAAGAUGCUCAAAUAUCACCAUGCUUUCUCAGUGGCGGAGAUAAUGAACAAAGAGCUGAACAAUUUGAGUUCAGAAGAAGUUGCUCAGCUUCAUUUCAAGCUCAUUCAUUACAACCAUCCAUUUCCUUAUGGCAUCAAUGUUCCCACCAGUCUAGUUCAAAGGAUAUCUGCCGUCUGCCCCAACAUUACCGAGCUUAACAUCGUCACCGAGGACAGUUGUGUGGAGGCAUUUUCUCACAUGAAACACUUAAAGUCCGUCAGUAUUGAAUUGGAGGACUGGUUUGGCUUGGGCCUUUUUGGGUUCCUAAAGACCAUGGGCAGUCAAAUACAAGAGCUAGCAAUUUCCUGCAGUUCUGAUGCUGAGGCCUCUUUUCCCCCCGGCGGUGGACAAGCCUUUCAACUGUUUAACACAGGCUUGAAACUAGCCCGAGCUCUGUGUGAUCCGGACUCAUUGAAGAAAUUGAACAUAGCCGGAAGUGGGCUAGUAACCAAUGGUCUGAUGGAAAAAUGCCAGGAGGAGGCAACGACAUUGAGGCAAUUGAGUAGUUUGGAGACAUUGGUGUUUCUGGCUUAUGAUGACGAGUCUCCGGUUCAAUCUAGUGAAGAGCAACUCUUGCUGGAGACCCUCCAAGGGUGCGUUAAAUUGCAAUGUCUCAGCUUGGAAGGCAAUUUCUCCUCGUUUAUGACCCAUGGCUUCAUCAUGUCACUCUUGGCGAAGAACCCAUUGGAACAGUUGGGGAUCUUUGACAUUGGAGGGGCGGACAUUGCCCUUGGGCCUCAAACAGCCCUCCUUCUACUGAAACUGCCCAAUAUCUUGGAGCUUCGUCUGUCCACGUGGAAGCUUUCGGACCAGGACUUCAACUCCCUGAAGACGUUUGUUAAGGACCACGGAUUUCAUGUCUAUCUCACACGAGGGGGUCCUAGUCAUUCUGAAUAAAUUUCAAGUUAGUCUGA